UAUGGAUUAAUUGGAAUUAUUGAAAAUUUGGAGAGGGAUCAUAGUAGCAUUACAAAAGAAAUACAGUGAUAUCAAUAGUGCAUAUUCUGAUUUGGAUGUUAAUAACUCAGGAGAAAUUGAAAUUGAUGACUUGUCAUCAGAGUUAAAGAGAAAUCACAAUAUUCAAUCUGAUGAGUAUAUUUGAUAAAAGUAUCAAUAGAACCAUUAAACAACUUUUUGAUUAUUUAAACACUUCAAAGUCAGGUGCCAUAGAUUUAGAUGAAUUUGAGAAUCAUUGGACAUAAGUUGAUUAAAAUAUAAAGUAAGCAACAAAUCAGUAAAAGUUCUAAUAAUAAAAAUAAGAAAAUGAACAAUAACUUUUAAUAUCAUCUGGAUAGAAAUCAGCUUAAUAGUUUUCUGAUUUAUUUAAAAGUUAUGCAUCAGGAAAUUCACCUACUAAAUACAUUAAUAUUUAAGGUGAUUUUUAAAUUAAUCAUUUCACAUAAACUACUAUAACACCUCCUAAAUAAAGACCUCUUAAUUUUUUGGAUAAUUUCAAUUAUAAUAAAAAAAUAUCACCACCAAAACAUUCCUAUUUAUUAAAAAGUAGAGCUGAAAUUCAGUAGGAUAGACUUAGAGAUAUGUAAAAAAGAAUUACAAAUAUAUUUAAUGGAAAAUAAGAACAUAAAAAUUCAUCUCCAAGAUUAAAAAAGGAUUUUGAUAGCUAUCUCAAUAAUAAAUUAGGCAAACCAACUACAACUAGAAGAUAACCUUCAUAUCCUUAAUUUACAUUUGAUUUUCAGAAUAUCUAUCCAUAAAGAAAAACUUAAAAAAAUUUUGAAUAAAGAUUUUCAUUUAAUACAAGAACAGAUCCUUCUCCUAAUAGAUCUUAAGAUAGAAUUUCAUUAUAACAAUAUGCAUAUUAAUUUUUUGAUAGAGUUUAUGAUCAUAAACAAAGUUCAUCUCUUUUGGGAUUGUAAAAGAAAUAAUAGAUAUAACCUAAAACAACAUUUAUGUUCAGAUUAUGA